AUGCUACAGGAGUCCCAUGGUGCAGAGGGGCUCUGCUUUGUCUUCAAGAGAGUGAACUAUAAGAGGAACAGGAUCGGAGCUCAUUCUUUAAGAGAAGAGGAGCACCAUGAAGCAAGUGAGCGGCCACGACAGAAAGGCAAAACAGAGGCACACAAGGAGGAGCUGGAUGAAAAUGAAUCCAAGGUUUGUUUUUGCAACUUGAGGAAUCUCAGGGAAGAAAACGGCCUGUCUGUCAUUCAGGCAUCAGCUGACAACUUGUGUGCCUUGGCAGAGACCAAGCUGGCGGGAGUCCUGCAGGCCAUCUGCAAGUAUCGGCAGAGCAUCCACAAGAUCUCUCCAAAGCACAGACUGCGCAUUAAUGAGGUCCUCCAGGCUGUGAUCCACUCAGCCCGCAGCAUAGACUACAGACUGGCAAACGUCAUCAUCAAGCUGGCCUCUGAGGAUAUGCUAAGGACAACCGAUCUUCAGGACCUGUAUCAGGAUGCCGCUGGAGAUAUCCUGGUGGCCCUCUGGGACCAUUUUCCUGCUGAAGUGCUGACCAAGCUCCUGGAGGGGUUCCAAGGCAGACUCCUUCCGUACCGCAGCAUCCUCUGUGUGUUGGGCAAACUGGCAAACCAAGCGCUGUCAGAGAGCGAUCCCGCAAAACUAGACGUGUGGGAAAGAAAAUUGGUGGAGUUUGUGGAGAGGCUGUUGAUCGAUAUCACAGACAGGGCUUGUUGUGAGGAGCUCAUCCGGGAGCUAACGAAAGGAGCCCGGGCCAGCAAGGACCACACCCUGGAGAAGGUCUUUCUCUACCAGUAUUAUGGAGCCAUACUGCGUGCUUCUGACAACUCUCAGUUAGUCCAAGAGCAUCUCUGCAAAGUCUUGGCCUUAUCUCACAGAGGACCAACAGAAACAAAGGGUAUUGCUUCCGCUGUAGGCUUAGCUGCAUCUCGCCAUCUCGAUGAGGUUUUGAAAGUAUUGGAGGACUUCAGCAAAACAUUUCCUGCCCAACAGACGUCUGUUACAAAAGAUUGCCAGUGCUCCAGCUGGAACACCCUCCUCUUGUGCUACGGCCGAGUGGCGCUGGGCAUCAGAGAGGAAGUUCUCCCUCGAGUGGAACUUAUCCUGGCCAAAAUGAUUGAGUAUUUCACAGUCAAUCCAGUGGACAUGAACUUGAAGAAAAGCUUUUUGAUUGCUGUGCUGAUGUUCCUGGAGGCUGUUGCUGCAACAGGUAAAGCACAAGGUGUACGGCUGCACAUGAAAACAACGCUUGUGGAAUGCCUGAUAGUGCUGAUUGAAAGAGAACCUAUUGACAUGCUGGUCAACACAGUACGUCAGGAUGCGAUGUACAUCGUGAAAGAGCUGAGCAAACUGAAACCUCUCCUUGAGACAGAAAUGAAAUCCAGCCUUCUCAGUUCUUCCUUCAGAAGUAUAUUUUGCCUGGUUCCACUAGACAUGCUAGAAUGGAAAUCUUGCACCAUCAAGCAAGCAGUGAAUGUCAAAGGGCUCUAUCGUCAGGCCAUGAGCAGUCUUGAAGAAAUGCUGCAGGGCUUGCUGUUGGAGAAUCCACAUCCCAGGGAGUUUAAGAACAUGUUGGAGCUCAUGGAGCCCUGGAUGACCUCAGCGCUGCAUCACGAGCGAGAGAGGGCCGUGCAGACCGCAAUGAAGCUCUUGACAUUUGUAGCAGAAGGUUUCCACUUUGAUCUCUCUCCGGAGUUCAGCAAUCUCGCUCACCUUACUGCUGUUCUGCUCAAGCUGUGCGGUGACCCAGUGGAAAGCAUCAGUUCAUCGGCUGUGCAAGCAGUCAGCUGCCUCUACGAAGUCCUGCUGCGCCGGAAGAGCCUAAAGCAGAGAAUGCAAAAGAGGAGGAAGUGGUCGGUGAAGAAGAGCUCAAAGCUACAGGAAACAAAUUGCCUUGGUCUGGUAGUGACAGACAGCAGGUGGCAGAUUGCUAUGCACUGUGAAGACCAGCUCUUCUCGGCACAGCUGACCAACCUCCUGCUUUCUGCACUGGACAGUUUGAGAAGGUCUGACCCCGCCUUGCUGAAGGCAGCAGAGGAAGUGCUGAAUGCAAUUCUGCAGAAUCACGUAAUGAAGAUCGAAAGGGUGAAAGACGUGGUAUUAUCAAUCUAUAGGUGUUUACAGCUACGGCAGUCUUCCUAUUGGACCCGGAAAGUCGUACUGAGAGCGCUAACUUUAAUGAUCCCUGAUCACAUGGAGGAAGUGGUGCAAAGCUGCCUGUCCUUUUCAAUACCCGUUGAGAGGCAUGCCAAUGAGCUCUGGACAACGAUGGCUGUGGGACCCCCAGUGGCCACACAAGUCCUUCAUCUCUUGCUGAAGAACCUCCAGGCCAAAGAUCCUCUGGAUGAAAGCAGCACCACAAUGUCUUUGGCUGCAAUGAAUGUCAUCUAUGAGACUUUCCUCAUUCCUGGAUACCGGGCAGCCCUUGUAGAGAUGCACCUACAGUUGUUCAUCCCUUCACUCAAACAGGUCCUGUAUGUGAUGCAGCUGGACCUGCCCGAUUCUCUAAAAGCCAGGCAGGAGUACAUCCUGAGAGAAAACCCCAGGGCUCGCAGCUUUCAGAGUACUUCAGUGGAGAUCAUGAAAAAUUUGUUCUCCAUGGCGGGGGACUGGGAGGUCUAUGCUUGCAUUGAAUUCCAGCAAGGAUGGAGUGUGCUGUGCACCCCCCAGCAGUUCUUACAAGGCACCCACCUCAUUGCAAGGGCGAUGGCAGAGUGUGGCAGCUCCCAGAUUCCGGGUAUCUUUGCGGAGGCAGCUCUCAUUCUCAGCACGGAGGAGGAUGAGUUGAAGAAGAUGACAGCGUUGGCUCUAGUCAUUGAGUUUCUCAAGAGUCCAUCUGCUGUCAAGAUGAUGAACAGGUUCAGCCUUAAGGACCAUCUCGAGGAAGGCCUGGCCACCUCAAAUCCUGUCAUAAGAGAGCUUUGUCUGAAAGGCCUCAGCAGUUUUGUGUUCCAGCAAGGAAAGGUGAAGUUUCUACGGGACCGGCUGCCUAUCUUAAUUGACUCUGUGUUUGGUGGGCUUGAAGAAAACAUCCUCCAAGGGCUGAAGGACAUCAUGGCCACCAUCUAUGACAUGGACGGCCAGUGGAUCGGGCCCAUCUGUGUUGACCUCGCUCUGAAUGUCCGCUCGUUUUUUGAGGAUGAAAGGGCCAUUGUCCGGGCAAGUGCCGUGACGCUGUUUGGGCAGCUGGUGCUGAGAGCAAAAGAGGCUGACAAGGCCAUGUUAAAGAAGGAGGUGGUGUACAGUCUGCUGGCCCUGCUCCUCCACCUGAAAGACAGAGACAACGUUGUGGCCCUGAGAUGCAAGCUGACCCUGCUGCAUUGUGGGGUCUUUCUUGGAUGGCCUCAUCUGAAGCUGAUGUUUCGCAGCAUGGCGUGGGAGGACACCUGGAGCUGCUUGGUGAAUGUGUGGAAAUACCUGACGAGGAACAACCAUGAUAAUAUCCACAUUUUCAUCUCCCAGGCUUUGGGUUAUCUUCAUCACCCCCAGGUAGAAAUAAGACACGCUGCAGCUCGCUUCAUUGGUCACACACUCAACUAUUACAGCUCGCAGCUAUCAAAAAACCUUGACCAGGAUGACAUUUUCUACCUUACGAAAGUUUUCCAGGAAAUGGAAUCCAACACAGAUCCCACCAUGGCAAACUUUGCAAAAAUGUACCGAGUGAUUUUGCAAAAGCUGACUGUGAAACGGAGGCUUGGCGGAGCUGGAGAAAGGGAUGCCCAAGUGACUGACAGCAGCCUGGGAGGGAAACAGCUCAACGAGCCUGAAGAAAGAGGAAUCAGCCUCCAGCUGCAGACAGAAGGAACGCCAGUGCUGAGGAGGAGGGAAGCCCUACAGACGCUAACUCUAACCCCCACUCGGGCCAGGAGGCCCUUUUCCCAGAGAGGAAAGCAGUCCAGCGACUCCAGAGACCGAUGUCAUUUGGCUGACGCUACACUUGGGGCCUCCAUUUCCAGUCUGGGAAGAAUGAAAAGCCCUCUGCCUGCAGGCAGUCAUCUGAGCCAGGUGGCCAAUCCACCUUAG